AUGCCGACCGCGACCGCGAUGCGCGCGCUCGCGCCGACCCGCGCGCCGCGCGCGUCCGCGACCGCGUCCGCGACCGCGGAGCCGCGCGUCGCGCGGGGGCGCGGCGCGUCGACCCGCGACCACCGAAUCCCCAGGGUUUUCUCUCGCCGCAACGUCGGCGUCGCGCCGAUCUCGCGCGCGUCCGCCGAAGGAGACGCGUCCACGUCGUCCACGUCGUCCACGUCGUCCACGUCGUCGUCGCACCAGCUCAUCACGUUCUUCCGGUUCACCACCGUGGAGGACCCGCACGCGGAGGUGGAGGCACACCGCGACUUCGUGGAGACGAACCGCCUCGAGAUUCGAGGCGCGUUCUAUACACUGGACUUCGUCCGGCGUGUCUCUCCGCCCACCCUCGGUUUCAAUACCCGACCGCGAUGCCUUUCAACUCCAACUGACGCCUUUGAACGCCACCCCGACGUUCGCUUCUAUGGAACGACCCAAGGACGCAUCUACGUCAACGAGCAAGGGGUGAACGCGCAGAUGUCCGGCCGCGGCGACGACGGCGAGCGGUACGCGCGCUGGGUGGAAUCCCGCCCGGGCUUCGGCGGCAUGCGGAUAUCCAUCUACCCGAUCUCAUCGCAGGCGCACCCGAAGCUCUCGCUGCGGUACAAGCCCCAGCUCGUGCAGCUCGAGGGCGGGACGCGGCAUCUCCCGAUCACCGAUCCGUCGCGACGCGGGAUCCCGCUGUCGCCGGAGCGUUGGCACGCGAUGCUCGAGAACGACGCGGAUAACGAUCCCGACGCCGCGCCGGUGCUGCUGGACGUCAGGAACGGGUACGAAUGGGACGUCGGGCACUUCCGCGGCGCGAAACGGCCGGUCCAGGAGUCGUUUCGCGAGACGGUGGAGACGAACGUCGACGCGACGGGCGGCGGGCCGCUCGCUGGCGUGCGCAAGGCGCGUUCUGUACACUGGACUUUGCCGGGCGCAUCUCUCCGCCUAGGGUCCCUCGCUUUCGAUCCCCGCCAUCGACGCCUUUCAACUCCGCUUCUGACGCCUUUCAACGCCACCCCGACGUUCGCUUCUACGGAACGACCCAAGGACGCGCCGAUCAUGAUGUACUGCACCGGAGGCAUUCGCUGCGACGUGUACAGCACGGUGCUCAGAGAGCAAGGGUACGACAACGUCUUCACGCUCGAGGGCGGCGUGCAGGCGUACUUCGACGCGUACGGGAAGAGGGACGAUUGCCUGUGGGACGAUCAGCUCUUCGUGUUCGACUCGAGGCUGGCGAUGACGCGCGACGGGCGACCGAGCUCAGAGGCGGGCGACGACGCCGCGACGCUGACGUGUCACUGCUGCUCAGAGAAGCGCGCGCCUCCGCCGCAUCGAAACUGCCCGAACGUGGACUGCAACCGGCUCUUCUUGGUCUGCCCCGCGUGCCGCGCGAAACUCGGCGGGUUCUGCUGCGGCGAGUGCGCCAAGGCGAGCCACGCGCGGCCGCCGCUGCUCGAGCCAGGACGGUACCGGCGGUUCGCGCAUUACGCGGAGGGCGAGGCGAUGUCGCGGAGCGAGCGACGAGGCGACGGCAGAGCGCGGCGGCGAAAAGCGCGCAGGGAGCGGAAGAAGCGAGAGAGAGAGCGAGACCACGUGUGGGGAGAAGACCAUGAGCGCGGCGACGUGACGCGCGCGGUGCGGGUGUUGGAGAAGGCGGCGCGCGACCCGGCGGCGUUUGGCGACGGACCGGACGGCGGCGGGACGUUGGCGUCGCGGACGCGGUCGAUCGUGAAAGCCGCGGGGUUGCUCGACGCGCGCGACGACGACGACGACGACGCGGGCGGCGAGGUCGGCGCGCGGAGGGCGAGGUUGCGGGACGCCGCGGAGGCGAUCGCGGCGGGGAAGGACGUCGACCUGAUCGAGCUCGCGCGCGAAGUGGAGGUGAAAUGA